CCGCUGCAGUCGCAGCGGGGCCAUCUUCCGCAGGCCGGCUGGUUCGGCCUGUACAGCCCGCACCCGCGCCUCUCGCCCGGCCCGAUGGCUCCGCGGCCGCUGAGUCCCUUGGUGCUGGCGCUGGGCGGCGCCGCGGCCGUGCUGGGCUCAGUACUCUUCAUCCUCUGGAAGGCCUACUUCGGGCGCGGACGGGAGCGGCGCUGGGACCGGGGCGAGGCCUGGUGGGGCGCGGAGCCUGCCCGCCUCCCUGAGUGGGACGAGUGGGACCCUGAAGACGAGGAAGACGAAGAGCCCGCGCUGGAGGAGUUGGAGCAGCGUGAGGUGCUGGUGCUGGGGCUGGAUGGCUCAGGGAAGAGCACGUUCCUGCGGGUGCUCUCUGGGAAGCCACCGCUGGAAGGCCACAUCCCCACCUGGGGCUUCAACUCUGUGCGGCUGCCCACCAAGGACUUCGAGGUGGACCUGCUAGAGAUCGGUGGCAGUCAGAACCUACGCUUCUACUGGAAGGAGUUUGUGAAUGAAGUAGACGUGCUGGUGUUCAUGGUGGACUCGGCUGACCGGCUGCGGCUGCCUUGGGCACGGCAGGAACUGCACAAGCUGCUGGACAAGGACCCUGACCUGCCUGUCGUCGUGGUGGCCAACAAGCAGGACCUGAGCGAGGCCAUGAGCAUGGUGGAGCUGCAGCAGGAGCUGGGCCUGCAGGCUUUCGAUAGCCAGCGGGAGGUGUUCCUCUUGGCAGCCAGCAUCGCCCCUGCAGGACCUGGCUUUGAAGACCCCGGCACCGUGCAUAUCUGGAGACUGCUCUUGGAGCUUCUCUCCUAGGCUGGCCCCCCACCUGCUCACCCACCCAACCCUGGAGACCCCCGUUCUGCCACCCCUGCUUCUCUACUGCCAGCCUCGGUCUGAAGCAGGAGCCAUGUGGCAACUCCUCCCUUUUCUCCUUCCAUGCUCCAGAACCGGGCCUGAGCAAGGCCAAGAACCACACAGAGGCCUUCCUGGUGAGGUGGCCGUGAGGCUGAAGUAGGGAGGCAGGGGCCCACAUAGUGGGAGAGCAUAGUGUCUGGCUCACUCCAGGCUGGAAGCGGAUCCACCUUUCACCAGUGAGGGCCUGCACCCUCCUUUCUGACGUGUACAGUAAGGUGCUCAGCGGGCUCAGUUCUCACCACUGCAGGUUGUGGGGAUUGAGAACGACUACAGUGUCAGAGGUACUCCCAGUCUGAACCAUCCCCUCAUGAUGACUUCACGCCCUCUCGUGCAGGCGGGCUCUGGGCAGUACACAGUGAGCCUUGGCUCCAAGGCCCACGAUGUCCUGCAGUCCCAGAUCUGCCCCACUGGGUCAUGGCCUUGUGCAAUCUCUGCCUCCCUGGUCCUGGGGCCAUCAUUUUUAAAGAGAGAUGAUGUCCAUGUUUGUUUUUUUUUUUCUAACUUGGAAAUACAUUUUCCAGCCGUGAAGGUAAGAAGUGCUAGAAUGAAACUAGAGAUCCUAGCGAGCUCUCUGAAACCUUCUGCUUCUGCAAGCCAAGGCCUGCCCGCCAGACUACAGGAUCAAGUGGUAUUUACCCCCGAUCCUAAAAACUAAAGGCCCCCCCCCCCCCCCCAAAUCUGGACACAGAAGCAGCUGCUCUUGCACUAACCGUGCCAAUGUCCAUGUUUACAGAAGUCUGGGGAAGGAGCCCAUGCCCCUGGGGAGACAGCUGUUAACUGGAGCUGGGUGUUGGCCUCAGAACUGCAUUUUAAUUAUUUAUUUAUUUAUAAAAGGAACAGGCCAAAGUUUUAGGUUCUGUUUCUAGGUGCUGUUAUCAAAACCCCAGAUGACUGUCAUGGAAAAUUUGUGUCUUUGAGGAAAAUAGCUGCAAUUGUGAGGCAAUGUGAUAGCCUCGACAUGUCAGUGGAGACAAAGCUUGGCUUCCCCCUGGCCCUCAAAUCAUUUAUAGCUGUAUUCAGUAUCGUACUUCACAUUAAUCCACAUGAACUUAAACUCCAACUUGGCCCAAUAUGUCAAAAGGACACACUCCCUUCUGUGUAGAUGGUGACUCUAGGAGAGAAAAUUUCCAUCAUAUAAAUCCUGGUAAAAAGAAAGAGUUAGCAGAUCAGCCAACAGGAGGGCUUUGGGUACCUCACUCAGCCUUCCUGGACCUGCCGAUUCCCCAAGUAAAGCAAAGUUGGACAGAAUUUCUGGAUUUUCUCCAGUGCACACUCCAGGAUUCUCCUGUCUCUGGUGAUCAGCCAAUUUGUAUAUUGACACUUCUCUUUACUGCAGGCAAAAGGAGACUUUUGUCUGUCAGGGCCACUGAGUAAUCAGUAGCCACAAAUGGGCUUUUUUUUUUUUUUUUUAAAGGUGAUAUCCAACUCCGUUUGCUUUUUAAUUGAGAAUACAGAUUAUGUGCCUUCAUUUCAUUUGACACUUACUCAGUGUGCUUCAGUUCCACGCUGUGGCCUAUGUGAGAAGAGGCACCGGGAAGGAAGGUGGGGACAGAAGCUCCCCAAGUCCAGAAGUGUGAUUAUUAGAACAGUGGCCUGCUGUGCUCUUGGGCUGUGGGUAUAGCAACAGAAUCACUGUUAUUUGAAAUCCUGAUUAACUUUCUGCAGAAGAAAGAUUUGUCUUUUAUUUAAAACAUUUAAGGAAUGACUUGGCUUUUAGGGUAGGCUUUGAAACUUUGCCGACAAGUUUUCAUUUUGACAUUGAAAGAUUCUAACACUUUACUUCUCUGUUUUAUGAACUCCUUGUUCUCCAGUGCUUGACAUCUACCUUUGGAACCAGCAGUGUUUUCUAAUUAAGAUCUGCCUUUGGUCUAAUGAGUAUCAUGUAAUACAAUUUUCAAAGUCUCCAGUGAGGGCAGUGAACUUAAAUAAAGAGUUUAACUGUA